UCAAUAUACACUUUAAUUUGGAUUAUUUAGUCACGUUCUAAUCUACUGUGUUCUAUUUCGGCAUUCGUUGAAAGCGAAAAUUAAAUUUGUACAAGAAAAACCUAGCAUAAAAAUAAUUAUAUAAGAAAUCGGAAGAUAUUUGAAUACUUUUACCUUAGCAUUAAAAUUUCAGUUUGAGUUCAGUUCAGGAACAAUAGGAAUAAACGUUAAUUAUACGAAGUGAACUCGAGCAAUCUUAAAUGUUCACACUGCUGUUGUUGUUAAUAUUUAAAACUAAGUUUGACAAUAUUAUACUCAUAAAUUGGAACGAUGCAAAACACAUAGCAUUAAAUUUAUAUAUACUCGGUUCAUCUCCUUGAAGCAAUUCAGUGAUAUUUACGCGUUAGUUGGAUAUGUAUAAAUGUUGAAUUUCAUUUCAUUACAUUUUCCUUUUCUCCACCACUCUUCAAUGUGCAGUAUGCUCUGGCUUCCAAGACUAUCACCCUUGAAAACUCUAGAUUGUUAAGUUAAAGCGUUUAUCAGGUCGAUUUUUGACAGAAAAAUUAUCUAAAAACAAAGCAAUGUUUUUCAUAUUGUCACUAGAGAGAUUUGUCGUCAACCGCGCUCCAUUUAUUAUCUCAAUUCCGUUUGUUAAAAACGUUAAAUAGUUUUAUCAUUAUUCUUAUCAGGUGGUUCCAAAUAUGUGAAUGACGAGUUAUAUAUCGCUUUUUGAGCCAAUAAAGGUCUUUUUAUAAAUAUUGGAGUAAUAAUACUAUUGAAAACAACCAUCAUAUACUAAAAAUUCACAAGAAAAGCUAACUCUCACAAUUGCACAUUUUGAAGCCAGAAUGCUGAGCACGUUGACAAACAAGCCCUACAACUAGUUCACACAUUUAUGGAUUUGUUACAUAAACGAGUGUAUGUAAGUAGAUAUAUACUCAUUUAAUUAAGCUGGUUUCUCUCGGUCAGAAAGUAUUCUACUUUUCACGUAACGGCGAAUUGGACAUAAAGAAGUGUAAUAAAUGCGCGAGUGCUUUGCUACGCAGCGAAUUACGACAACUGCUCACAGAGCCAAAACAAGUCCAACCUUAACAGAAAAUGAGUUAUGCGCUAUGUACUACGUGACGCCGGCAGGUAGUUGUGUCGUGCCAGCCAAACGACCAGGUGAUCAGGCGAUACAAGACAGACGAUUACAGCGAGAAGUGGGCGCGCACGCGUACUUCUUCAACUCAUUAAACGCGUUUCGUAUCUGGCGGUGUCGCGCCGCUCGUUCGUUUGGCGCCUUUCGUGCCGCUUGCCGUUGUCCACUGUAACGGGGCGGCUGUUUAGUGUUGGAUGCCGUCGCCGCGCCACACAUUUCGCCUACUUGGGGUUUUGCGUAUAUUUGAGUGUCUGUGAAACACGUUUGCGCAUUCAGUUGCGAAUUUAAUUUGAACCGAGGCGGUGCUCGUUGCCACUGUCUGCUUUCAGCCGCUUUCAAUUGACUGUUUUCGAAUUUCAAUUUUGUUUUGCAACGCCAUGCAAUUGAAUAAUAAAAUUUGAGUAGUAUUGAGUGGAAUUUGCGGUCGCAUAAAUUAUUUGUUUGAUGUGCAACCAAAACAACACAACAACAAGCUGGAUGUCACUGCACACGGUGUAAUUUGCGGUAUCGCUGAGCUAAAACAAAUAAAUAAAUAGAGAAAAUAAACGAAAUGAAACAGAUUUAGAUGUGAAAAUCGAAAUUUGUACGAUUUGGAGAGCGAAAACUGCAGCUCACGCCAAGCAAACAGCCUGCCGCUUAGCCGAUUUUCACCAUUUCUCGCUCAAGUAAAUAAAUAUCGAUUAUAUCAGAAACAGCUUAAAAGCCGUUUAACUGUUCAUACAAAUUGGAAUUUCGACGACUUUUAUAUUUUUGUUGUGUAUGCUUAACUUGUGUUGCAGUUUUGAUUAAAAUAAAUCGCGAAAAUAUUCACCUUCUAACCAACUUUCAGCACGAAUAUCAAAAGGCAGUAACAACAUGUUUAAUCUACGAAGCCAACUAGAUAAGAUCAUCAUCACGGCAAUGGAUCGUUUCGUGUGGUUCGUUCUGCUCGUCGUCAUGUCGCACUUGGUGACAGAGUUCACACGCGUCACUGGGUAUGCGCGCGGCAACCGACACGACGUGGUUCUACUCAAUGAUUCUUCCGUUCGGCCGAUGGCAGUGGCGAACAUGAUUUUUUACCCCGGCGAGGAUUACGGUCUCUACGACCAACAACUAUCGCAAUACAACAACAUAUAUCCAAAUAGCAACUACAACAACAGAUACGGCAACAAUAACAAUUACAAUAACAACAACAAUCCUAACAAUCAACCAAACUCGGCCGUUAUGUCGGGACCAUCAGCAAAUGCGGAUUCCGCCGCAGUAGGCUUUCCCUUCAGUUUUCGCCCGCUAAUUGACAGCAUCUUCGAGAUUCCGAUAUCCACUCUACGAGCUGUCAACAAUCUGGUAGGGCGUUUAACCGGCAGCUAUCAACACCAGGUGCCAUCAAUGACCGCAGGCGUGCUCAAGUCUGCGAAUGACAACGCGAACCUGGACGCACUGCAGGCUCUUCGCUCACUGCCAGGCGACGAUGGCGUUGAACGCGCAAGAGCGGCGAAAGCGACAACAACUCUCUACGGUUCAGCCGCGAUGCCACAAUCACAGCCAGACAGCAGUGACAAUGACAACACCAACAAUAAGGAAAGCAAUCUUACUAUAAGGCAGCAAAGGUCGCUGCUGCGUGAGGUGAACGCGUAAUUCGGAGCGCUAUUGUUGGCGCACAAUCACUUGCCCAAAUGAAAAAAAAUAAAGGGGGAGGAAGCGCAAUAACUGCCGCCAUGUAACGGAGCCAGUGACAACGCAUGUCAAUUUCACGCCUGCCAAUAAGCACGUUCUUCCAAGCAGCACGCGUUCUCCUCCCGCUCCCAUCCGCGCACUUAAGCGACCUUUGUCUUAACUAGUUCAUUUGCACUUCUUUCCGUCCGCCACCGACUCCGCGACUCCAUCACAUUCAUUCAUUCACUUCAGUAUUCGCUUAUUUGUUUGCUCGUGCCCUUGUCUCUGUAUGUGUUGGGUGUUUCGUCAGGUGUUUGUUUGUGUUGUAGCUGCUCUUUGCGGCAGUUCCUUCGCGAUUCGGUGUGCACACAUUUGCAUAAACUUGUUCUAAAGUUUGCAAUUAGUUGGCAGUUUUUUCUUCGCACCUUGUUGUUGUUCUCGUGUACCGUCUUUAAAAGUAGGGAAUUAAGCCAAGUGUAACGUUGUGGGGGCAACGCUGUCUCAUCAACCGUUAAUUGCUCCUUCUUUCACAUUUCCUUCGCAAAUUGCUGUACAUUCACUCGGCUCAAUUAAACUUUCACUUUCUAUUAGCCAUUUUCCUUUUAAACAGCUUUCGCACAUUUCUUUCAUAUCAUUUAAUUGUUGUAUUUGUCAUUCGAGUUAAUUGUUAAGCGCAGAGGUGCUCAAGCAUUGACACUGUCUUUGUCUGCGCAGCUUUGCUUUGUAAAGUAAUUUUCCGUGUUUAUUUUUACGUUUAUUUCUCCCAAGUCGAUGUGCUCUUUGGCAUACUUCUGUUCUAAUUGUUGAUGUGAUAUUACUUUAGUGACACUUUAAGUUUACUUUAAGAUAAACAAUGUUAAUAUUAGUUAUAAGUUAUAUUUUUCAUGUCGAAAUAAAAUAUUAUGUAAAAUUAUGUACCAAAAUAAAAGAAAGUAUACUAAAUUAAUAAAAAA